AAACCAUACUUCUCUUUAGAAGAAUGAAGACUCAGCCCAUCUAUCUCUGUUUUCCUAUACCUUUUUUUCUAACAGUUCCUGAUUUGUUUAUGGCAGAAAUCAAGGCACUCUUAGGGACUGGAAUCUGCCUGCAUAGAUUGCUCUGUUAAUAAAAAGAUAGGAAGGAGAUAAAGGAUCUCUGAAUGAGUUGUGAGUAAAACCUGUGAAAGAAAGAGGAAAAAAGUCUCUAGUAACUGUCUUUUCCUGAUUGUCAUUGAACUUAAAUCGGGUAUUAAGCACCUAGAUAUCCUUUUGCUCCUUUCUCUUCCAAUCCCAGGAUUAGAAAAGAUCCUGUCUUUGGAAAUUUCACUGAUGAAAGUCAUUCCACGUGACAGACUGCAGAGCUGCUAGUACCUUAUCCCUUUCUCCUUUUCAUUAAGGCUGUUACACAUAUACAAUCCACAGGUAGAAACCACUCUUACGGGGCCUCCAUAAGCAGGCAGUAGUAGAAAUAGUUACUGUAAAUCCUUAUAAGCAAAAAAUAAUAUUUUGUUAGGGAUGAUUAUUUAGGAAUGGCUUCACUAUUGUCUCAAAAAGCAGAAUGAUAAAGCAAGCUUCCUUGACAGAAGCAUCACAAAAUUAUAUACAGUAUUUCACUGGUUCCCUCUGAGCUGUCAAGGAAUCAGCUAGAGUAGAGCGGUAAGUGGUCCUGGUUCAAGAAAACCUGAGUAAGUUUUAGAGCAGCACUAACUCUUAGAAGAGGUUAGGUUUGAAAAUUCGAUUGAAUUCUAAAGAUAAAAUUAUCCCUUCCGUUCUGUAGCUGUUUUAAUGUAAACAGCAGCUUCCAAGGUGGCUGGAUCCCUGCCCUGGGUUUGCUCAAAGACUACUUUUCCUGUCUAGGGCCAUGAUUAAACAGACGUUUUAAUUGCUGUCAAAGUUCUGCAGUUUUGGUGUUUUCAAAGUCUCUUCUGUUUUAUUGAAUGCUUCCCCCUGUGUGUGCUAAAGAUACUGGAAACAGUUUUAUUGUGUUCUCCUUCACAGGACCUUCCUUGUGGAAGGCCCACUGAGACCUUCUUUUUCUGCAACUUCUCCCAUUUAGGAAAACAAAAACAAAACAAUUCCCCAGGCAUGUCAGGACUCCUUUGUAAACUUUUCUGAAAUGCCAUUUUGAAAAUGAUGCUUCACAUGGACCAGGUUUCUCACUUUUGGUGACAUACAUAUCACAGGACAUUUAAAUCGAUCAGAUGAUUAUUUCUUUUAAAAAUUUGAAAACUCAUCUAAUGUAAGUUCAAAACAUAUAUCCCUUUUUUAUUUCUGUGUUCUGAAUGUUUAGAGCAAAAGCAAAACAACAAGCCAAAGGUGUGUGUGUGUGUAUGUGUUCUGUGUGUGUGUGUGUCUUUAAUAGAAUGAUAAAACAAAAAUAGCCUCCGUUUUCCUUAAACUCUCAAGGUGACACUUUGGUUACAAGUAGAGACAUUGCUGAUUUGCUGGUGUUUUUUGACUGGAUAUUGAUUGGCAAGGUAGGAAUUGCUUAUCACACUCUGAUGAGCUUGAUACUGCUCCUUGCCUAGGAGUAAAAGACUCAGCCUCUCCAGGAACAUCAGUAUUUUUCACGUCUUUCAUUGCCUUUUUUGGUUCUUCCAUGUACAAUUCAAUGAAGCAAGUUUCUCUCAAUAGCAAAGAUUUGCCUUCUUAAGAUUAGCUUUCUUUGCCAUCCUGAUAACUUAGGGAUGAUUUCCUGACUGACAUUGUUCAAAAUAGGAAGAGAGAAACCCUUAUUUGUUUUGUCAAUAGACUAUUAUUGAAUGUCAUUAAGGAGCAAGGGUAAGAUUUUUAAAAAUUGGAUAACUUCGGGGCCUUUUUAGCCUUUUUGGCAUUGUCCCUUAGAUCUUCUUCUCUCUGAGUGCUUUAAAAACACACGGUUUGAGGCACAGCUGAUCUCUAUAGGAAAAUAUUAUAAGCCAUGCCUGCAUGAGACACAGCUGGGCUUUGCUGUUCAUGAUCAUUACUCGAGUCUCUCCAGCCUCAGAAUGAGUAAGGCUGAAAUCUGUUCCCUCUACCCUGCCCUAUUUUAUGUAAAUAUGGUAGCUGAUCUCCAAAAUUUUCGACUGUACCAUAUAUAUAAAGUUUAACCUCUUAAGAAUGUUCAUCCAAGCUGGGCACGGUGGCUCACGCCUAUAAUCCCAGCACUUUGGGAGGCUGAAGCUGGCAGAUCACGACGUCAGGAGAUCGAGACCAUCCUGGCCAACAUGGUGAAACCCCAUCUCUACUAAAAAUACAAAAAUUAGCUGGGUGUGGUGGCGCAUGCGUGUAAUCCCAGCUACUGGGGAGGCUGAGGCAGGAGAAUCGCUUGAACCAGGGAGUUGGAGGUUGCAGUGAGCUGAGAUUGUGCCAUUGCACUCCAUCCUGGAAGACAGAGCAAGACUCCGUCUCAAAAAAAAGAAUUUUCAUCCUGACCAAUCUGGGUGACCAAUCAGUUAAAUUGGUUUAGGAAGAGCUUGCCCUAGAUUGGUUGAUUCAUAAUUUUUCUUUUUAUUAAUUAUCGGGUUUUUCUCUCUGAUCUCUGCAUUGAAAAUUAUUUCCUAAACCAUAAAGAUUUGUUGAGGUACCAUUCUAGAAUCCCCAAUAUUUAUUCUAGUUGUUAUAGUAACAGUGGAACCCAAGUUUCUCCUAAAGCAUUACCCAGCUUUCCUUGCCCAGGCAGAAAAGAUGGCAGAGGGAGGGUGAACCCAGGGCCCAUCUGUGGGUAUGGGCUCCAAUUUCCUAAAUUGUUUGUGGUUAUAACCAUGGCUUCCACCUUGUCUGGCACCGGGUCCACAUCUUUUCUGAGAUCUGCUAGAAGGUCAGAGCCCUAGAGAAUAAGAGAAGCUUGCUGCUGGUGAGGGGGUAUGGCCAGGAUUCCUGGAGUCCUUGGAAGAGCUUCAGCUUCACCAUCUUGGGAGAAGGAAGAAAGUGAAAGCGAUGUGGUCCUUCUUAGUCCCAAGGACCCUGACAGAGGACACGCAGAGGAGCAGCUGGCUUGCCCGGAGUCCUCCGACCCUGACCCAAGCAUGCAGGGCCCACCCCGCAGCCUCCCCACUGGGCUCAGCCUGGACGACUUCAUCCCUGGCCACCUCCAGUCCCACAUAGGGUCUUCCUCCGGGGGGACACGGGUGCCCGUGAUCCGGAAUGGUGGCUCCAACACCCUUAAUUUCCAGUUCCACGACCCAGCGCCCAGGACUGUGUGCAAUGGGGGCUACACACCAAGACGAGAUGCUUCCUGGCACCCGGACCCUGAGUGGUAUCAGACCUGGCCAGGCCCCGGGAGCAAGCCCUCUGCAAGCACAAAGAUCCCUGCCUCCCAGCACACCCAGAACUGGUCAGCCACAUGGACCAAGGACAGCAAGCGUCGGGACAAGCGCUGGGUCAAAGUGUUGACAGACCCAGAGACUGGUACCGGAGAAUGUUCCAGCAGAUUCACCGGAAAAUGCCAGACCUGCAGCUGGACUGGACCUUCGAGGAGCCACCCAGAGGCACCCUCAGCCCCAGUCACGGCCUGUCUCCUCCCACCUUCAAUGGUUUCCUCAUGUACCUCCUCUGCAGACCCCAGGCAUCUAGGAGCCCAGCAAAGACCUGCCCACAGGCCCGGCCUGGCAGCAUCUUCCAGCGGAAGAAGCUGGGACCACUCUGAAGGGUUACCUAGAAGCACCUUCAGCUACAGACCUGGAGCAUUCUCCACUGUGCUGCAGCCACCAAAUCAGGUGCUCAGACGCCGAGAAAAAGUAGACAAUGUCUGGACGGAAGAGUCCUGGAACCAGUUUCUGCAGGAACUAGAGACUGGGCAGAGGCCCAAGAAACCACUGGUGGACGACCCUGGUGAGAAGCCCUCCCAGCCCAUUGAGGUGCUGCUGGAGAGAGAGCUGGCCAAGCUGAGCGCCGAGCUGGACAAGGACCUGCGGGCAAUUGAGACCCGACUGCCGUCCCCCAAGAGCUCGCUGGCGCCCCGACGGGCCCCGGAGCAGCGGCCCCCGGCCGGCCCGGCCUCAGCCUGGAGCUCCAGCUCCCCGCAUGCACCUUACCUGGGUUCCGCCCGGUCCCUGAGCCCCCACAGAAUGGCUGAUGGAGGAAGCCCCUUCCUAGGUCGGAGGGACUUUGUCUACCCUUCCUCAACCCGAGACCCUAGUGCCUCUAACGGAGGGCGCAGCCCAGCCAGGAGGGAAGAGAAGAAGAGGAAGGCCGCCAGGCUCAAGUUUGACUUCCAGGCACAGUCCCCCAAGGAGCUGACUCUGCAGAAGGGUGACAUUGUUUACAUCCACAAGGAGGUGGACAAGAACUGGCUGGAGGGAGAGCACCACGGCCGCCUGGGCAUCUUCCCUGCUAAUUAUGUGGAGGUGCUGCCCGCAGAUGAGAUCCCUAAGCCUAUCAAGCCCCCCACCUACCAGGUGCUGGAGUAUGGAGAGGCUGUGGCCCAGUACACCUUCAAGGGUGACCUGGAGGUGGAGCUGUCCUUCCGCAAGGGAGAGCACAUCUGCCUGAUCCGCAAGGUGAACGAGAACUGGUACGAGGGGCGCAUCACGGGCACGGGGCGCCAAGGCAUAUUCCCUGCCAGCUACGUGCAGGUGUCUCGUGAACCCCGGCUCCGGCUCUGUGACGACAGCCCCCAGCUCCCCACGUCUCCCCGCCUGACUGCUGCCACCCAUUCAGCCCGUCACCCCAGCUCCCCCUCAGCCCCGCGCAGCCCAGCUGACCCCACCGACUGGCGGGGGCAGACCUCCCUCCGUCGCACUGGCUUCUCCUUCCCCACCCAGGAGUCUAGACCCCAGACCCAGAAUCUUGGCACCGCUGGUCCAGCUCUAUCCCACCCUCGAGGUCCCAGCCACCCCUUGGACCUGGGGACCUCCUCUCCUAACACCUCUCAGAUACACUGGACCCCGUACCGGGCGAUGUACCAGUACAGGCCCCAGAACGAAGACGAGCUGGAGCUGCGCGAGGGGGACAGGGUGGACGUCAUGCAGCAGUGUGACGAUGGCUGGUUUGUGGGUGUCUCCCGGAGGACCCAGAAAUUCGGAACGUUCCCUGGAAAUUACGUUGCCCCGGUGUGAGUGGUCUCCAUGGCAACUUGGAGCCAGCCAGGAUGGGGUGGGGAGCGGUGGCACUUGUGGGAGGGAGAGGACCCCCGCCCACAUUCUCCUUCCCCAGGACCUGAGCUCCCAGCAUCUGCAGACGACCCCGGCAGCCUUUCCCUCGGAACCCCCUCGAAGCCCCCUGGACUGAUUCCCACCCACGACUCACAGGCAUUCCUCCCACAGCCCUUUCAUUUCCUCCCCACCCCACUCCCCAAAUACAGAGGUCUGCUUUGAAGUGGAGACCAUUUCCAGGCCUUAUUGAGACCAGACCCCAAGUCCCCCACCCCCAUCCUGCUCCAGCGUUUCCUCUAACAGGGACCAGCUCUCCGCUUUGCCCCCACGGGGUUCCUCUAACCAGAACCAGCUUCCUAGCCUCGUAGAGACCAAAGGCUGCCCCCGCCUGCUGGGGUUCCUCCCACCACCCAAGCUUGCCGGCUGCCCUCUUUGCCUUCUGGCCUCCAGCUGGGUGUGGGGGAGUGGAGCAAGGCGGGGGACAGACGCAGCACCUUCUUAGCGAUCUAGGCCUGGCAAGAGCUCUGGACCCAAGGCCACCUCUUCCCAGGGGCUGCCGAGUCCUGGGCCUGGCCCUGGCAUAUCACCCUGUACUGUGGGGCCGGGCAUCACUAGCCUGGCUCAGAUAUUCCCCAGGGAGACUGCUGUGUGCUGCCCACCUGCCUGCUGGCUCUCCCCCAGCCCCACACCCCCUCUGGAAGAGAAUGUAAAAUAAACCUGGACACAAGGGA